CUCGUAAGUACGAGAUGUUUUCCGACCUGCGACACAAGAGCGCGGAAAACAAAGAUGGUGAAAGUGAAAUUCAACGUUGUAGAAUGAAAUUUUUUCCAGUUAGCUAACUAGAUUACUCAUGGCAAGCUCUCGUCAUCUGAAAGGCACAGUUUUCUCGAGCAAGCAGAGCAAUCGUACUCUGGUAACAUUCAAAAUGGCCGUCCGAAGACACGGAAAAAAUCUAUCCGAGGGAGUUAGAGACCUUCUCAAGUCUGGCGUGCUGAAGGAAAAACCAGUGUGGUUUGAUGUUGUUGCAGCAUUUCCUCCACUUCAGACUCCAGACCUUGAAAGAAUCCCUGAACGGGGGACUGUUGAAAAGAUUGUGUAUCCAGAGGAUUCCAUACGCAGAAGGCUUAAUUCUGAAUUUCAGUCAGAGCCUCGCUCGUUGAUGGAACGAUCAGAAAAUGAUCAACAUUUGAGUGAAAGGUUCAUAUCAACCUGCUUAAAACGAAUGGAAGGUGGAUCGAGCGAAUCCCAAGCCUUUGAACAAACAGUUCUAGAAUUUCAAGAUGAAUUUAAACCAUUGAAGACUCUUCCUAUCAAUGAACAAAAUUCUGAAGGUGUUAACGAAUAGAACUCCCAAAGUGUGUAGGAUUUUAUUAAUUUGAAUGCUCGAGAAGCAAACAAGGAAGGUUAGAUUGUUUUAUUGAACUUCGUCGAUCGAAUAUCGUGUUAAAUAACGGAGAGCGUAGUGAUUUGACAAAAUCUUACCAAUCGAUGUUUUUAAUCAAACGUGUGGAAUGUGCAAGAGUUCCAUGUAUUAAACAGUAUACGUAGCAUA